AGACUUUCUCACCAUUCCUCUCAGCAUUCAUCGCAUUGCCUUAACUAAUAAAUAGACACGGAAGGAAACUCAAAAAACCACCCAAAAAAAUUCAAAAAACACAAACAACAACCUUUGACACAACAUAGUGGAGCAAGAAGAAUCGAAGUUGUUUGGUUUCUGUUUUUUUUUUUUUCUUUUUCUCCUAUGUAAUGCAUCAGAAGAAAUCCGAAGUCCAGAUCGGAAAAGAAAGCAGUGGCGUCUCUUCCGAUUUCAACCACCACCCACUCCCAAUCCUAACUCCGAACCCAAACCAAGAUGCUCUCCAAUCACUAACCUCCACCGCACCCUACAAAAGACCUUCCCUCACCACCCAACCCCAUCUUUCCAAAUCCCCAACCCUCCACAAAUUCCCAACCCUAAAACCACGCCACGUCACCACCACCACCGCCGCCGCCACCACCACCGUUCUCUCCCUCCUCCGCCGCCGCCUCCGCCACCGUCUCCGCCUCUUCCUCUUCCUCUUGCUCCCCUUCUUCUACUUCCUCGUCUCCCACCCCACAAACUCCUUCCUCCUCGAUUUCCUCUCCGCCUUCUCCUUCUCCGCCGCGCUCUUGUUCUCUCUCAACCUCGCCCUCCCUCGAAUCCCCUCCCUCCGCCUCUUCCUCAACCUCAAGCCCAAGGCUAGGUCCGGCCUCAAACUCCCAAUCUUCUGGACCGUGGGAGCCCGCCCAGGCCCGGCCCAGGCCCAACCCCAGCCCGCGGGCCUUCGCUUAUCCGUGGUGCCCUACGCGAACGGCGACGUGUACGAGGGGGAGCUGAAGGGAGGGAAGUGUUGUGGGAGUGGGGUUUACUAUUACAGUAUGAGUGGAAGGUAUGAGGGGGAUUGGGUGGAUGGGAAGUACGAUGGGUUCGGGGUGGAGACGUGGGCCCGGGGGAGCCGGUACCGAGGGCAGUACCGGCAAGGGUUACGGCACGGGUUCGGGGUGUACCGGUUCUACACCGGGGAUGUUUAUGCCGGGGAGUGGCUGAGUGGACAGAGUCAUGGGUGUGGGGUUCACACGUGCGAUGAUGGGAGCAGGUAUGUCGGGGAGUUCAAGUGGGGCGUUAAGCAUGGCCUUGGACACUACCAUUUUAGAAAUGGCGAUACAUAUGCUGGCGAAUACUUUGCGGAUAAGAUGCAUGGAUUUGGGGUAUACAGUUUUGCUAAUGGCCAUCGUUAUGAAGGAUCCUGGCAUGAAGGCAAAAGGCAAGGUCUUGGAAUGUAUACAUUUAGAAAUGGAGAAACCCAGUCUGGUCACUGGCAAAAUGGAGUCCUUGACAUUCCAAGCACACAGAGUACCACCUAUCCUGUUUCCCCUGUUGGGGUCAAUCAUUCCAGAGUACUUAAUGCAGUCCAGGAAGCAAGAAGAGCAGCUGAGAAAGCCUAUGAUGUGGCCAAGGUAGAUGAGAGGGUUAAUAGAGCAGUAGCUGCCGCUAACAGAGCAGCCAAUGCAGCUAGAGUAGCUGCUGUCAAGGCCGUGCAAAACCAAAUGCUUCAUAAUGUUAACAGCACGAGCAUCCCAAUUCCCAUUGUGUGAGGCUGUCAGCUGCAAACUUUUGAUAGUAGAGAUGCACGAGAUUGUCAGAAGAGGUCGGUAGUUUAAACUGCUUUGUUUACACCGUCAUCAUCACUGCUGGCUGAAUGAAAUCAAGCAGAUUUAUUAUCCAUCUGCCACGAGUCUUGUAUAGAGGGAGGAAGGGUGAUGGCUUCCACAUGGUAAAAUACUACAUAUACAUACUAUAUUUUUUCCCUUUGCCUACAUUUUGUAAAUUUACUUAGAUGUAAAUGCUGGUGUGCGGGUGAAACCUCAACCCAGCUACUGUUGUAAGAUCGCUUGGUAAAAUAAGGAGAGAAACAAACAUCUAGCCUAAAAUAUUCUAUUUUUUCCCACUUGCUAUUUUUGCUUUAUCUGACUUUGGAAUGAGAUAUGUUUCAUGUCACGUGUUAA